UGUACGAUAUUCUUAUAGGAAACAGAUAAUCAGUUAUUCACUUUUUAUCUUUUAUCCCUAUUUUUAUAGAUAUGGAAAUAAAUCAUGACAUUUAUUAACAAUUAUAACUCUUCUAUAAAUUUUCUGGAUCAAAAUUAUAUUAAUGUUUCAACAUGUCUACUGGAUUAUAAUUCAACAUUCAGUAAAACUUGUGAUUUGAAGUUAAAUGGAAGUAAUGCCUCGUCAAGUUUUAGGAAUAGUUCCAGUAUUUACGUUUAUCCGCCAAUUCCAGAAGAUGGACUCAUAGGAUUAAUCGUUUUAUAUUCAUUGACUACUCUUUUGUCCAUAGCAGGGAAUUUAUUUGUUGUUAUUGUUUUUGCGAGGGGCCGAAGAUCAAGGACAGACUUACGGAUUUAUCUGAUUAAUUUAGCAGCAUCCGAUUUAGUUAUGGCGAUAUUCUGCAUGCCAUUUACAUUUGCGGACGUUAUUUGCCAACGUUGGGUAUUCCCCGAUAUUAUGUGUCCCCUUGUCUUAUUUCUACAACCCUUGUCAGUCGCAGCUAGCGUAUUUACAAAUAUGGCAAUUGGUGUGGAUAGAUUUAUAGCCGUUAUGUUUCCGUUACACCGCCGCUUGACUUACAGACGUGGAAAAUACGUCAUAUGCAUUGUUUGGAUUUGUGCGAUAUCUUUGGCGUCGAUACAGUUGUUUGUAGGGAAAACAACAAGAAUCUCGAACGAAAUAACUGUUUGUGACGAACAUUGGCCGCCAUAUUUAUCCCGUAAAAUUUAUACUGUUUUCAUUUUGUUACUGACCUAUAUCAUUCCAUUAACGAUACUUUCAAUAACAUAUUUGGUCAUAGGCAUUAUUCUUUGGAAAAGAACAGCACCAGGAAACUGUCAUGUUGAACGAGAUAUGCAUCAGCUGAGGGCAAAAAUAAAGGUUGUGAAAAUGUUGGUUAUAGUUGUAGCUAUUUUUGGACUUUGUUGGCUGCCACUUCACGGACUUAAUAUGGCAAGAGAUACCAACCCAGAAAUAAUGAAAUUCCAGUCUCAGAAAGAAUAUUAUGUGUUUCUAGGAUUAUAUUUAACAGCCCAUUGGCUAGCUAUGAGUAAUAGUUUUGCCAAUCCAAUUAUAUAUGGAUUUACUAAUGAAAGUUUUCGGGCAGAUCUUAUUGUAAUGUUACACAACUGGUUGCCGUGUUGUGCUUGUUUGAGAGAGCUUAUGAUGAGGAGUUACAGUCUGUCUACUUAUGAUAGUAUGAUGUACACCAAGCGGAAUGCAAGUCAACUCAGACAAACCAGUUGUAUCAUGAACAAUAGGAAACUGUCCGGACGUCGGCCAUCUAGAAGUAUAAAUGGACUCAGGAAAAUUAGCAUGGAAGCAAGCAGACCUCCUUCGGAAUAUGGAUUUCAAAAUGGGAAUAUGGAUUCUGGUGAUAUAUCCUGUAAACAUUACCACUUGUCAGAACCAAACCUUACAGUUCCUGGGGUACUUACCUUAAACGAUGAAACCCAGUCCUCUCGUUUUUAAUUUCAAAUAUUUGACCAUUUAUAAUUUGUUAUGCUUCCAUAAGUGAAUGUUCCCAAUCGGGAAAUUAAACACUCGCCGAAAAGGUUGUCAGGAAAAAUAAAUACUACCCCCCUCAUAUGUCAGGGGAAAUAAUAUUAACACCCUCAUAUGCAUGAAUUUUCAAAAUGGACAUCCAAAUUUUGUUUUCCAAUAUUGUUAAAAGACUAGCGUUAAAACGUACCCCCAAAACUACUGUUCUGAAAUUAAUUUAAAAAUGUCUAAUUUCCUUCCCUUCUAAUAUCGAAAAUAGUUUAUUAAUCAAUUAAUUAGCAUAAUCAAGUCAGCAAAAAAAAAAAAACACCAAGCAAGAUCUUAAAAAAUCUUUUGUUUAGAAGCAGAUGCAAAUUCUGGCUUAUAUUACUUAACAAUCAAUUUUCAAAAAUAUCAUUGAUUAUACUUGUUUUCGUAAGUAUAUAUUUCAUGGUUUGUCAAUAUAAGUAAUAAGAAACAUGACAUCGAUUUCGUUAUUGAUACUGGUGUCGAUACGGUGGUGUCGAUUGGUUAAAUGAAAUGUCGACUCUAUUACAGCACAACAGUAAAUAUAUAUGGUAUGAUAAUUAUUAUUGAAUUCACUGUGUCUAGUUCGACCCCGAAAUUGCAUUCCAUGAUAAAUUUCUUAAAUCCUUUCAAAAUAUUGUUAAUUUUAUUGCCAAGUGUAUACGAUAAUAAAGACUCACAUAAGUGCAGAAAUGCUAUUUUGAAAGUAACUACAUGCAAAUGCAAUCAUAAACAUUUAGUAAUACGCAUAUAGCUUUUUCCACAAUUAAAUACGAUCAGCAGUAUUAUCAAAGACGAUAACUUACUCAUCUUGGCAUCUUUGUACGAGACAUCUUAUAGCCAAAUAUUUUUUUGUGUAGGCCUGUUCCUUAUAUUAAAAAUGUCUACCAAAUACAACAUAGACAGCGAUCGGUCAGCAAAAGCUAGUUCUUCUUUUAGUAAAAAAUGAAAACAAAGACGACCAGGCAGAUGAUAAGUAUUCGCUUUCCUUGAAUAACCUUCAUCAGGAACUUUCUGUCAACAAUGUUGACAUCCAAUGUCGUUUGGAAACCAGGGGUGGUAAUCUAUUAAUCAAAAGCCAAACUGCUUACGUCCGAUUAUCUACAUAUGUGCCGAAUUAAAAAACAUGUUUUGUUAAAUGAACAAAAUGCAAUAUAAGAUUGUGACCAGUGCAAGGUACCGACAUC